ACUGAACACCGUGCAGGAGCAGGAAGAUCCAAGGUCUGAAUCAUGCAUGAUUCAAACCUGGCCAUAAACACAAGCAAAAUCUUAAACACCAUCUCUAAUUCAAUCUCGAUCUUGAUUCAAUCUGAUUCAAAUCUCAAAGCAUCCUGACUAAAAAACAACAAGGUACCAAUGUAGUUAGAUUAGGGUAUUUCGGUGCACAGUAUGAUUAGUAGCACGUUCGCACCGAUUCGCACAGCUUUUGUUUUAAAAUAUUUAACCAAUGAAAUUGCUAGAUAGUGCGAACUUCGGUGCACAGUAUGUUUUUUAGUAAGGUCGCACCACUGGGCAAAGAUUAAUCCGUCCUCAUGCGUGCUUUGUACAGUUUUGAGCUUAUUUAUGCUUGGCAUGGGGAAUUUUUUCACUGGCGAAAAGGAAUUUUCUGUUAUGGAGUCGACUGGCUACAUGUAUAACGAGUACGUUAAACCUGGUAAUUUGGAAGACAAAGGUCGCUAGAUUUUCAGAGUAACAGUCGACGCGGGAUGUUUUAAAGUUACCACAUUCAUUACCUCCUCCAUGGAUCAAGGGCCUACAAAUUCAUUGUAAUGAUAUUUUUCAUUUUUUGCGUGGCCUGGUUUGUCAUCGUAUACCAUAAACAAAUCGAGAGAGACGACUCGAAUGUUUGCCUGAUUAUAAAAGGAAAACCGUGUCAAUACGUUUAACAAUUUCAAGUUGUUUCUUGCUUUACGCUUGGCUAAGAAACAACACAAAUGACUCUGUAGUAUCAAUUGAAAACUCAGAUAAGGAAUAAACAACAGUUUGACAACGUUCUAAAUAAAGCCAAUUUAAUGUGCGUGUCGAUUGCUCAAAUGAGAAGGGGGCGAAUAUCCUUAAAAACUAUGGGUGUGGUCAAAAAUGAUAUUUCCGAUCACACCCUUGUGUGCGACAGUCAGAAUACUUUCUAGAUCCGCCCCUUGAUUCUUUAAAAUAUUUUCAUGAUGGAGAAGGACAGUGACAAAGACCUGAGCUUUCUUCCUCAGUUUUUACCAAAUGUAAACGUUGUGUCACUUAAAAAUGGUUUAUGAAUAAUUUUAGGCUCAGAAGUAAACAGCAAAACUUGCGACUGCCGAAAUUGAGAAUGUUUAUGUCGUCCUGACGUAAGCAACCUUAGACGCGAACACGAGGCAAGCAAAUGGGCUACUGAUUUAUUUUUACCCAAUUGAUGGCCUAAACAAGAAACAAGACGAGUUGAUCAUUGAAGACAGUAAUACAAAAUUUGUAUGGAAUGUCAGAUAGACAAUGUCCAAGACGAAACGGCAGGAGGUAUUAAUGACAUCAAGUCUUCAAGAAUUUGAGCACCAGAAGUUUAAGAGUUUAUCAGGAAUUGACAACAGUAAAAAGGGAAGCAUCGAUCAGCCAAUUAUUGAUUUGGUAUCAUUCAUAAACAACUUAAAUGAUUUCUUCACAACAAGUUCCUGUUCUGGCAGAAUCGCUGUAAUAUCAGAGGGUGAUGCUAGGAAGAAAGGCUGUAAUUGGUUGUACAUGUCACAUGCUACAAGCAGCCAGUCAGACAUUGUAAAAGCUGUGAAGGACUCAAUAGACUCUGCAACUGCAACUUUUAAAUAUGAAGCUUUUGUGCUUCAUGUGCAAUGUAAAACGUUGGACAAAGCACAGAAAAUGCUCCAAAGUGCACUUCAAGCAGGCUUCAGAAAUUCUGGUCUGGUAAUUGGCAAAAAGAAAAGAAUUAUGUUGGCAGUACGAAGUACACAUGCUAUGGAAGUACCACUUGUUCUGAAAGGCAAGCUUAUGGUUUCUGAGGAGUAUAUAGCAAACAUUGUUGAAAUUUGUAAUGAAAAGCUAGAAGAAAACUUCAAAAGGAUUGACAGAUUUUACAAUGCACUGAAGGCAGUAUUUCAAGUGUGAUAGAAGGAUGAGAAGUUGCUAUGUUCCUGGAUAGCCCUGUCAAGAAAUGGAACACAUGCCCUACAUUGCUUAAGAGAAGAUUAAAAGUUUAACUCAGAUUACUAAUAUAUAUUUAUUGCCAUCUAAACAUUUCCCUUAGAUAAGAAGGAAGUCAUCAAAUGGAAGGGAAAUUUUAUUUUUGCUGAUUUUGUAAGAACUUAUUAAAACGAAUAUUAUCUUUAUUGGUGGCAAAAGUUGCUCAAAAGACAUUUUUCCUUUCACCGGGCAAUUCCAUUACCAAGCACAUUGAUAUAUUGUAGAUGUGAUAGAAAUAGUUUUAUGGAAAAAGAAUUUCUCACAUGGAAACAAAGUUUUAAUGUUUAUAUAGGUGUAUGCUGUUACCCUUAUAUAGGUUAUACUGUUAUCAUUCAAGCUUUUCAAUAUUUUCAAAGUUUUUGGGCUAGUUUAGUAUCUUCCAAUACCUAAUUGUCUGAGAUAUGUAUCUGAGCUUGAAUAAUAUUUGAAUUUUUAUUA